AUGCCUGAACCUCUGUCUUCACAACUUUCGACCAUGGACGACUUCUUGCGCCACAUGCAGCAAAACCUUCGCACGAAGACACCCCCUCAGAGCGAAAUGUCUAGCAUCUACAAGUUCACCAAAGGCGAAUGUCAUACAGUUGACCCUCAUACACUGCUCUGUCGCAUGCUUUCGCUAGAAGCAGUGCUGCCCAUAUCCGAAGACACUCGAUCCCAAGUUGCAAGCAACACCCAAAUCGGCAAAGGGCAAUGUGGUACCAUCUAUACACUCCACAACCCAAACCAAGUCACCAAGACACCAAACUCGACGAAAAAGAUACCCGAGCUACAGAGCGACCACAUUUCUCACGAGGCUGUCUGUGGAGCCUUUGAGAACGCGCCAGAGGCCUUGUCGAGCAAGGCCAACGUUCCCAAAGUGCAUAGCUUCAUGUCUCCGCCUUCUGACGAUGAUGGAUUGAGUUACUGGAUCCGUGGAUCUGACGAACAGAUUGAUCUUGCAUCAAACUACAACUAUGGAUUACUCUCCGAACGCAUCUUCCCUUUGCGAGAUCCUAUACCAGCAGCGUUGGUGCGAGUAAUGUGUCCUUCCUCCCCAGCAGCAAGCAUAGAAAUCUGCUUAACCAAACCCACAAACAACAACUGUCUCGUUCGCCUCUAUCUCGGUCGUCGAGGCAUAGACAGAACCAAAACCAACCCCGAAGACACGAGCCUCCGCAACUUCCCUCUCCACAUCGACGAAAUGGAAAACCUCUGCCUACCCAUCCCAACCUACAUCUCCACAAUAGCAGAGUCUCUAGCCCUCAUGCACUGGAAAGCCCACCUCGAUGCCAACGACAUCGAAUUCGUACUCGGUGCCUCGCGAACCCACAACCAAGGCCAUGGUGUCUCAAUCUGGGUAUUGGAUUUUAACCAGUGUCGUGUGUUUAGCCACAAUCAAGCUGGGUUAAAGCAACUAGUCGAUGGCUUUUGGUGGAAUGAUCCUUAUUGCCCUCGUCCCGGGACGGAGCACCCGCAGGAUAGGGUGUGGUGGACAAUGUUUUUGAGCAAGUAUUCGGAUGCGAGUGCGUUGUUGACGGAUAGCAAGAUGCCGAGACAUUUUAUACAGGCGGUGGAAGAGGAAGGGUUUCGGAGGCGAGUGAGGCCUUCGCUCUUUGGGUAG